AUGGAGGGCACGAAACAUGAAAAAGGACAAGGGGAGGACAGUCAGCAGGAGGAAGGGGACGACUUCCGCAGUGUAUACAAGCAAGUGGUAGGAAAGAAUAAAAGUCUAAAUGAAAAGACAAGCAGUAACAACACAUUUGCUGACAUGCUGGAAAUAAGCAGAAUUACUGACUACAACACUGUGAUGAAAUAUGAGUACCUGCUCAAGUUAAGUUUCUUUAGUAGCAACGUGAACGUACUGAAUGUAUAUCGGUUAGUGAAGCCCGAGAGUGAAAAACAAUUCGAUGAAGUCGCAGCUCGUUUGAGAAGCAACAUCCUGCUUAGUAUAAUGGACACGAACAGAAUAAAUGAUAAAAGUGAAAAUGUAGGUGAAUAUUUUGUAAAAAAAUAUGAAGAAUUAAAACACCUGGAGUAUGUGAUUGGGAAUACGGAUUAUCCACUAGGGUUUGAAAAGAACACGAAUGGGGGGUUUAGGGUUUACCUAUUUAAGAUAAUACCCAACAAGACACUCCUAUUAAAUAAAAACAAUUUGAGUUACAUGGAAAAGGGAGAAAUGCCAAGUAAUUACGACUCAGUUGCGGUGGAUAGAGAUUUAUUCUGUGAGCGGUUGGGUUCACGGGGGAGGAAGCAAGGGGGGGAAGGAGACAACGAAAUGGGACAAGGCGGGAAAAUAACGGGCACAUCGAUAAACAUGAGAAGGGGAGGAACUAACUACAGCUACAUAUAUAAAGUAAAAUCUGCCGAACAGGUACUACCUCUGUUGCUAAUCGAGUUCGAAUUCAAAUGCCUACGGGUAGACGUCAGCAUACCGAUAUGUGAAUACUGCUACACAGCUAAGGCUAUUUAUUACUGUCAUAAUGAUAAGGUGCAUUUGUGCAAUAUAUGCGAUAUAAAGCAUCAUGAAAAAAAUAAAAUUUUGAAAAAUCAUAGAAGGAUGCCAAUAUCGGAGUCUCCAUAUCAAUUUGGAAAAUGUGCCUACCAUCCGAAUGAGGUGAUCGAAAGUGUUUGCAUGAAGUGCUAUUGUAGUCUAUGCGCGAACUGUCUUCUAAUAGGCAGUCACUCCAAGGGCAAUUAUCGUAACCACCCCAUUGUGAAUAUAAAAGACGCAUUCAUUUUAUCCAAUCAGAAAAAAUCACUGAGUGAUAUUUGUUUGGAAAAUAGGAAAAGUAGGAUACUCCAUUUGUUGAAAAAAAAACACAAACUGUUGGCAGAGAUUUAUUCCAACUAUACGUCUCUGCAGAAGCGGAUCGAUACGCUGUAUAAGUACAUAACUGACGAGUUAAAAGUUUUGAAAAAAAAAAAAAUGCAAUACAUUAUGGCCUUAAAAAGGGCUGUUCUAUCACAACUACUAACCAUCGAAUGGACAGAGGCCUUUUUUUACCAUACCAAAUUGUCAUUAAAUUUGUCUGACUUUAUUUUAUACCAGAAGAAGCAUGAAUUGGCUGUUCAUUUUUUAAUGGCCAAAAAGGGGAAGGAUGCAGAUUUUUUGAAAAACGCACCCCAUUGGCUGAUGCAGAAAAUUUACGUGCAGUCAAAUUUGUGCAUUUAUGAAGAUAGCUUUUUUAAGCUUAACUUUGUUAGCCCCAAGGAUAUCGACCAAGGGAUGAUCAAGGGGGACCUAAACAGGAAGCGUUGCCUUCUCAAGGGAAGUCGUAACAAGCUGGAAGAAAUGUACAAUUUUAACAAUGCCUUUAAUGACAAGAAGGGGUACUUGGGGUUGUAUGACGAGGCAGCCUUCGAGGGGGGACCCAAUGGGGAAGAAAGAGCGCAUCAGCAGAGCGUUAAGUAUUCCGCCGUGCAGGGUGAAGAGAUCAAGCAGUUACCUGAUGAAGCCACGCGUGACGAUUCCUCCAUUGGAAUGGAACAGGUGAAUAGAACCAAAUUGAUCAAGAAAAACGUGCACGGCGUUGUCACCCUAAAGAAGGAGUAUUCCUGCAUGUACGAUGUGACUGAAGAGAAGCCAACCAACUGCAAUUUGUUAAUCGAAAUUUUUAGAGACACAAAGGAGGUGAACUUAUGCGGGCGGGGGAGGAUCCCCCUGAAGCAGUCACACAUUUGCAGAGAGUUAUGGAAGCAUCUGGUUAAUUACAAAUAUAUAAAUGUCAUCCAUGUAUUGAAGGCGAGGUGUAAUUUUAAUACCCUCCUUCUGACGUACUCCUUUUUCAACGUGGCGUCUUAUUAUGACAGCCUGGAAGAUCUAGUGAAGCAUAUUGUUAAGCACGAAAUUUAUACACUGCUUAAUAAGAACAUCGAUUACCAUACUAAGAUGAAGGUCACCCAUGUGUUGGACAGUGUUGCCACGUUGUUAUGUCUCAGGAGGUUUGUACUCGCUCCUUGGGUUGAUAAAUAUAUCCAGCUGUGUUGUUCUCAUAUUGGGGAGGAGGAAAAGGGGGUCUCUUCCCCAAAGGGGGAUAUUACCUAUGAGAAAAAUUCAGAGGUGGUAGAUGAACAGAUGCCAUCGGUUCAUUCGCCAAAUGAACAGGUAAAGGGUACCAAUCUGAUCAGCAAAAGCGACCCUGAUGAGGUGACAAAAGGGGAUAAAAAUAGCUACGAUCAAUUUGGAUUAGGCAUGGAAAAGGAGGAGUUCCCAACAGACGGGGUGAAUAACACUGUGUUGGAGGAGGAUAAUACAAUCCCGGAAGACAUGAACACAAAGAAGGAUGAGCACCACAGGAGGAGUACUAACGUAGAUGAUGUCGUGCCAGAUGUGUGUCUAACUGCAGAUGAAAAGCAGCAACUGUCCUCCCUGAAAAAAAUAAAAGAACACAUAUACGUAUAUUUAGAAAUGCUAAUAAACGAUUUGGUGAAGAUCCCACACAAAGAUCUAAACGACGGUGUACGAUUCAUGUUUUAUCUUAUCCAGGACGAAAUUGACGGAAAAAAUAAAAAUCUAGCAAUGAACGAAAAGAAGUUUAGUAUACACACGUUGUGCCUCUGUUUGGACAUAUUUCUUAACUCUGUUUUGUACCCUUACAUUUUUUACGUGCAUGAGGAAAAUUCAAUUUAUCAGGAGAAGACUCCCCUAUGGAAGGACUCUUCUCUUCACCAAAAAGUGGUAGUUAUGUUUGGCCAAACGGUGAGAGAAAUUUCAAUAUACGUUUUCCAAGUUUACAAUUUAGGCAUGUAUGACAGCAACUUGAAGGCCUUCAUAAAUAACAUAAAGGAAAAUGAGAUACUUAGAGGAAGGGCCACAAACGAGAAGAUGUUCUUCCUCGACGUGUCACAGAAGCUCUUCCAAUGGAUAAUAAAAAAUUUGGAGUCGCCCAGGUACUACGCCCCCGUGAGGUGGAACUCCCGUGAGGAGGUCGAAACGAGUUACCAGCGGAUCGUCCAGGAGAUAAUCCACAUAGACGAAUCGUCGGCAAAAAAUUGCGUAAACGAGAAUGUUGAUUAUAACGUCUUAUUCAGCACCGCGAAUUUUAAGGAGAUUCUGUCUCUCUGCUACUCGAUGCACGGUGUCGGUGAGUGA